CUGCAAAUGCUAUUCAGAUUGUUUCUACACGCCAACAGGUUGGUUCGUUACGCCACCGACAAGCUUGUAGGAACACUGUAUACACCUACAAGGGACGUGGUAGUGAUCACGGGCGGUGCUUCCGGUUUAGGAGAACAGUUGGCACAAAGGUUUGCCAGCCACAAAGCUACCGUCAUCUCACUUGACAUACAUAUUCCUCCACCAGAAAACCGCAUUGAUGGUGUAGUUUACUACGAGUGUGAUGUUCUGAAUACUGAUCAGGUAUGGGAGGCUCAGAACCUGAUUCAGCUGAAAUAUGGCAGUGCUUCCAUUCUCAUCAACAACGCGGGAAUAACUGCCGGUAAGAAACUUGUUGAUUUGACGUGCCACGAGGUCGAAACCAUCUUGAACGUCAACCUUCUCGCCAGCUUCUAUACCGUGAAGGCGUUUUUGCCCGCCAUGCUCGAGAGGAAUCGAGGGUAUAUUGUUACGGUUGGCUCUGUGUUGGGAUACAUGUCUCCUGCUCGUUUGAGCGUUUAUGGGGCCUCCAAAGCCGGCUUGGUGGCCUUACAUGAGUCCUUGACAUACGAGUUAGGUCUGCCAAUGUUCCACCGUGGGGUCAAAACCCUUCUUGUGUGCCCAGGGCAAAUGAAAACCCCAAUGUUCAAAAGUGUUGCAACUCCCUCGCGUCUUUUUGCACCUGAGUUGGAUGUCGGGUAUGUGGCCGAUAGGAUUGUGGCGGCGGUAUCGUUAGGUCAGCAAGGCGAGAUUCGGUUGCCGUUAUACGGGAAGUUUAUUCCAAUUUUCAGAGCUUUUCCGUGGCCGUUGGUGGAACUUGUGAGAAAGGUAUCAGGGAUUGACAGAAGCAUGCAAGCAUUUCGGAGCGGAGCCAGCAGUUUGCGGGGUGCUGCUACUUCGCUCCUUGCCUCAAGUGGAUCGGUCUUGGGACCGGUUUCGGCGGUUUUAGAGCCAGGGUCGGCGAGUUUUGGUCCAGUUUCUGAAAUACUUGACCAUUCUACAGCACCUCCGUUGGACCAACCGGAAGGGGCUUUGGCCUAGUCGACCUUCUCACCCCUUGGAAUUUUAUACAAAAAACCGCCCG